UUCAAAAGCCACUUUCCAAGCUUCAGAAGAAAUGGCUGAUCUUGGCCUGUGCCUCCUGGAGGUCAGCAGUAUGACAGAGCAAGAAUCUGCAAAAACUGAGGAUAACCCCGAGCAGAUUUCUAGGUACAUUAAACAAGAAGAUCCUGAAGCAGAGAUGACUUUGUUUUCUGGAGGUGCUAUAAAACAUGAAUCGGUCAUUGUUAAGGAGGAGGAGGUGAUGGUCCAUAUUAAAGAAGAAGAGUCUGAGGUGGAACUUUCUUCCAUUGUUAAGACAGAAAUGCUGGAUGUCGAGUGCACAGCAGAAGAUCCGAUGAGUGUUUGUAAAGGAAAGGAAAUGGAUCUCGCGGACAUACAAGGCGGUUUGUCCUCAUCCCAUCAGGAGUGCGAGCCUGGAGGUGAAAGUGCCAAAAAACCCUACCAAUGUAUGGAAUGCAGAAAGACUUUCAGCCGGGCGACACAUCUCAAAAAGCACCAGACGAUCCAUACAGGAGAAAAACCAUACCACUGUACUGAGUGCGGAAAGGCAUUUAGUCUGGCUGCAUAUCUUAAACAACACAAGCGAAUUCACACGGGAGAAAAACCAUACGAGUGCAAAGUGUGCGGAAAGACCUUCAGCCAUAAAAUAAGUUUUAAAUAUCAUGAGAAAAUUCACACGGGGGAAAAAACCUGCGAGUGUAACGAAUGUGGGAAGACUUUCAUUUGGGCCACAGACCUCAGACGGCACCUGCUCAUCCAUACGGAGGAUAAACCGUACCAGUGUAAAGAAUGCGGGAAGACUUUUAGUAAUAAUGUAAGACUGAAAUGCCACCAAAGGAUUCAUACCGGAGAAAAACCAUACCAGUGUGUCGAGUGCGGAAAGACGUUCAAUCAUAACAUCAGCCUUAUUCGUCACCACAGAGUCCACUCAGGGGAGCAACCUUAUGAAUGUACCGAAUGUGGAAAGACAUUUCUGCAUAAAGUAAGCCUCAAGCAACACCAAAGAUUUCACACUGGAGAAAAACUCUACCCCUGUCCCGAGUGCAGUAGGAUUUUCAGCCAGAAUGUCAGGCUUAAACAACAUUUGAGGACUCACACGGGAGAACGGCCUUACCAGUGCACGGAAUGUGGAAAGUCCUUCACGCAGAGCGUAAGCCUUAAGCAGCAUCUGAGAAUUCACACCGGAGAAAAACCGUACCAGUGUCUGGAAUGUGGCAAGUCUUUCAGCCAUGCUUCAAACCUUAAACAGCACCAGACGAUUCACACCCGACAGAAACCCUUCCAGUGUAUAGAGUGCGGAAAGACUUUCACCCAAAACGUAAGCCUCAGGCAACAUCAGAGAAUACACACCAAGGAAAAACCGUUCCAGUGUACUGAGUGUGGGAUAACGUUCAGCUGGACCUCAAGUCUUAAACAACACCAGAAAAUUCACAAAAGAUAAAACUCAAAAAGAGAAAAGGAGACGUACCAUUACUACAGUGUAGAUACUGCAUACGAUCAGGGGUUAUCUUUUUAGUUUAAUAAGCCAUCUAAGGGUUUUUCAAAUUUCAGUCUUGCUGACUUUUGGUUCUUUCACAUAAAUAUAUUUUCAGAAGGCAAAAAAGGAGGAACUACCAUCCAUUAUGAGCACUCACUUUGUCUGCUUCAAGAUCAAAUGGAGCUCAAGCAAUGGCUGCUAGGCAGGAAUCACCUUUGCACAGGACACCAGGCUAAUGCCAGGGAUACUCGGCUGCAUCGGGCGAAUGUAGUAAUGCAAACCAGGAUGACUUUGGAUUGUAGAAGAAAGCCGACACGACCAGCAAAAAAACAAGAAAGCUCACAGAGAACAUACAGACUCCAUAUAAGAUGCCAAUUAAACUGUACAACAUGCUGGAGGAGAACGAUAGAGUGCGUUUUUACAAUAUCAAAUAUGAAUUUGCAGCUUUGAGGGGUAAAACAAUUACUACUACUUUAGAUUGGUUGCAAGUUCUUCUUUCUCAUUUUUUUAAAUAGAUAAUCUGCUAAACUAUUCAGCUGUUCCAGUCUCCAUAUGAAGUACACCGUAGCUGUGAGGCUUCUGAGAAACUGGCAUUUGCCACUUAAAACUGUCGGCAAAAAUGUAAUAUUUUAUUUAUGCUAGAUAGGCCAUUCAGAGACAGUUUAGUACAAAUUUAAGAGCAUAAAUUAGGCCCGGUUUGUCCGAGCAUGUAGUGUGGAAAGUUUAUUAGCCAUGAGGCAUUUCCUUAACAGAUGUACACCAGAGAUUUGAUCAUUGAGGUUUAAUACCUACCACAUUUGAUUAAUUAAUGCCAUAUACUAUUUGGAGAAGCAAAGUAAAGAAUUGCAGUUUCAAAUUAACCAAAUUUGUAUCAUGAAGCGUGAACCAAUUUUGGGUUAAAGGAUAAGGAUUUAUGCAGAAGAAUUGAAGCUGAAUAAACAUCAGGGUUGGACAAUAAGGUGACAUUAUUAAAAUUAUAAAAUGUCAUCAUAGGCAGUAACUCAUAUUUAAUGUAAAAGGAUUUUCAAAAACGUUGUACAAGUCAUAAAUGACACUUGGGAAUUUAUACAUGAGGUAACAGUUUUGUAAAUAUGGUGGGACUGACAGCUAAUGUGUAAAUUUAUUAAAUCGGAAAAAGUACGCUCCAGCAAAAAAAAAAAAAGUUGUACCAUUGUG